GGUAGAAGACCAAAUAUGUGCGGGCGUAAAAAUAUAUCGUAUGCCAGUAGCUCAAAUAAAUUUGACUCAUUAAUGUUAGCUCAAUCAUGGCCACCGGUAAUAUGCAUUUUAGCACAAAAAAAGGAUCCAAAAUUAGGAUGUGAUAUACAGGAUGAUAAACAAUGGACAAUACAUGGUCUAUGGCCUUCUUCAAAAGUAGAUAUGUCUCCUGCAUUUUGUAACUGUUCGAUAAGAUAUAAUUCUACUGAAUUGUCACCAAUAAAAAGUUAUCUAAAGACCAAAUGGAGAAGUUUAAUGGACAAUGGUGAAUCAGAAUCAUUUUGGAAUCACGAGUGGUAUAAACAUGGUACUUGUGGCAUUACAAUCGAUCAAUUAAAUUCUCAAUAUAAAUAUUUUGAAAAAACACUUGAACUUUAUGACAAAUAUAAUAUAACUAAAAUACUUGCCAACGAAAAUAUACAUCCGGGAAAUAGUUAUACGCAUGUAGAUAUUGUGAAUGCCGUUGCUAGACAAAUAGGAAAAAAAAUUAAAAUUGAUUGUCACGUUGAUCUUAAAAAUUAUUUGUUAUCGCAAGUGUCCAUAUGUUUCGAUAAAUCAUUCAAUCUGAUCGAUUGCGUUCAAAAUGACAACUAUAACUCUUAUUGUCCGAAAAUUUAUGAUGUAUUCAGUAAAAUUGAAUAUCUCGAUUUUAAGGAAAUCGAUUAUUUGUAAAUUCAAUUAAAUUAUUUAUUUUUUAAAAAAUAUUUUAUGUUUUAUGAAAUGUUUUUGAAGUAUUUUAAUAUAUAUAAGUAAUCGUAACUACCCGGGUAAAAAAUAACUAAAUUUGAUUUUUUAACUUCCCGCCAAGAAAAUUGAAAAUUUUUUGACAUGAAUUGAAAUCGACUGAGCCAAAACCAAGUAAAAUUUGACUUUUUUGACUUAAGUGAAUGCUGAGUAGAUCAAAUGCAAGUCAAAAUCAAAUAUUUUUUCCAUAAAUUUUUUAUUUGGUUUGGGUAACUUGAUCUACUUAGUGUCCAAAUUAAUUACAUUGAACAAAGAAACAGAAUUGCAAGGAAAAUGAAGAAAUAACUUGAGAGGAUGAGAAUUAUGAUGGUCAGAUAACACCGCAGCAAAUAAAGAGGCAUGUCAGAACGCAGACGUCAGCUGGCGUCAAGAAGACGGUUCAUGAACUUUAAUUAAAAUAUAUAUAUGAUAUAUAAUACGAAUAAAAUAUAAAUGUGUUUAUCUAGUUUUUAAGGAAUGAUACAAACUGUAGAAGACUGCAAAGUUGGACAGGGGAAAUAAAAUUUUAUUUAUCUAAUUUAAUUUACAGUAUCGAUUCAAGUCGAAUUUGACUUGAUUUUGGCUCAGUUGACUUAAGUCCAAAAAAUCAAAUUUAAUUUUUUUGACCCGGGUACUUUGUAUUCAUAAUUUAUUUAUUGUUAUUUUUUUUAUCAACAAGAAGAUAAUAAAUUUUGUUUUUGAAUUAAUUUAAAUAUGUAUAUUUUCAAUUACUUGUUAAUUUUAACUGAUAACAAUAAUAUAUAUAUAAAUAUAUAUUCACAAUAUUGUGUACAGUCGACUACCCGUCAUAAGCCUGGUCUAGGGUACAGGGGAAAUUUUUUUUGAAAUUUCAGUCUCUCUAUUAAUUAUUUAAUUACAGGGUGGUCACAAACUGGGAAUAUCAUAGAAAUG